GAUUUUAAGUCCCAUUUGAAAAUUUUCUACUUUCACUUUGCUAAACAAAAAACAGGAAGAAUACAGUAUGGUGUAGCUUUACUCCCACAGACUAAUUAUAAGGGCCUAGUAUGGAAAACAGUGAUAUUUGUUUGGGAGAUAAGAACAAACAACUGGAGUUUUUGAAGAGCGUUUGGAAAAAAACGGAUACUUCUUCGACAAAAACAACAGAUGCCCUUGAUAAUUCAGACAGGCCAAAUAUAGACCCCAAUGACAAAGAAAAAACAACACCUCGGAAACUAAGCCACCAGAGGCCAUACUCUCCGGAGUUUUUCGACCAAUCAGACGACUCCGAAGACUACUGGAGUCCAUACAGUUUCAACACUCACCCAGUCCGGAAACGAGCACCUGCUGAUGACGAAAAGGAUGACGUCAUUCACAACAACUUUUUUGAAAAGGAAUCCAAACGAGAACCCAAACAGACGGGGGAGUGGGAGAAAAUCUUAUAAAACAUUUCAGGGCCUAGUAUGGAAAACAGUGAGAUUUGUUUGGGAGAUAAAAACAAACAACUGGAGUUUUUGAAGAGCGUUUGGAAAAAAACGGAUACUUCUUCGACGAAAACAACAGAUGCCCUUGAUAAUUCAGACAGGCCAAAUAUAGACCCCAAUGACAAAGAAAAAAGAACACCUCGGAAACCAAGCCACCAAAGGCUAUACUCUCCGGAGUUUUUCGACCAAUCAGACGACUCCGAGGACGACUGGAGUCCAUACAGUUUCAACACUCACCCAGUCCGGAAACGAGCACCUUCUGAUGACGAAAAGGAUGAUGUCAUUCACAACAACUUUUUUGACAAGGAAUCCAAACGAGAACCCAAGCAGGCAUUGAUGAUUAGGACUAACAAGGCGAUGAAGACACUAUUCAUAUUGGAUUCUGGGUCAUCAUCUCGGUAUCAGGGGGAAUUUAAUGAGGAAGGACAGCUUCAAGAUGAGGAGGUUGUAAGCAACUCAUCUGUUGCCAAUGACUCCAUCUCUUCCACUUCCGGCGCAGGCGGAAGUAUGUUUGUUUUAUCUUUGAGUAGCGGGCAUGCUGGACGUGUAAAAAUCAGUAACUCGGCAUCUUCUUAUCUGUCGUACCCAAAAACUCCAGAGUGCAUGGGAUAUGUGAAGGAUGACGAUUUCUCUGACGAAGCAGAGGACUUCGAUGACAACAAGGAAUCACGUGUCACCACCACCCACACUCACUCCCACGCGCACUCCCACUGCCCCCACAUCCACACCCACUGUCACAACAAGUACCAUAGACACUACCACGCGCACGGCGGUUACCAUGACGACGAAGAUGAGGAUGUGAAUGAAAAGUACCCGUUUGAUUACUGCUCAGUGGAAAGGGAACCCACUAAACGCCGAACAUCGUCGAACCAGUACGUCACGUACCAUGGAACUGAUUUUUACCGCCCUUGUGUUUAUGGCUACCCAGAAGCAAAGCGAGUUCAAGGAUGCGGGCAAUGCAAAAACUGUAAGUCCGGAAAAAUGAUGACAACAAUGGAACAGUUAGCAGACAGUAUCGACUGCGAGAUUCAUGACGUAGUUCCGGACGGCAACUGUCUCUUCCGGUCCGUUGUUGAUCAGCUUAGGAUGAACGGAGAGUUUUAUUGGACAGCAAACACACUACGUCAUAAGGCGGUGGAAUACCUACGUCAUAAUCCCACUCACGAAGACGGAACUCACCUGGCGAUGUUUUUGUCGAAUGAGGCUUGGGAUGAAUAUCUAGCUAGGAUGUCUCGGGACAAGGAGUGGGGCGAUCAACUUAUUCUUCGUGGGUUGAGCAGCGUCAUUGGUCGCAGGAUCUCCAUUAUAACUGCAAUAGGUAGCGGCCAUAACCAGACUACGAUAGAGCCUGUUACUCAGAGCAAUGACGUAACAAAGAAGGAACCCCUACAGUUGGGUCACUUUGAUGAGCAGCAUUACGUCAGUCUCCGGAAGAAAAACUGGUCCGACCUCUGGUUUGAGAAUGGACGUAAAGAGAACUGUGUUGCAGAGUCCGAACAUUUUGAAGGUUCCAACCUGCAAUAUUACAUUGAAAACACACAGGACCACGUAACCUCCGUGCCAUUUAGUCACCUACAUUUUCUCAUAAAGAAAACGAUCCCCCUCGCUUCUUUGUUGGAAGAACUUUCAUCCACUGAAACAACAGUAUCUAUCGAAAAUGUUGGCAACAUUGCAGAAGGACUGGAAUGCGACUUUUAUUCAUCGCUACAUAUAUCCUACAACAAGUCGAAAAAACCGUAUCGAAAUCUGGGAGUCACUGGAAUAGGUUUUGUAAAAGAGCACAUGGCAUUUAACAAUAUGAACGACGUAAGCGAAGAAGAAAAUCAGUUUUUGCUUGAGUUUGAGGAUCUAGACUCUUCUCCAUGGCUUAAAUUGGUUGUCAUCAAACCGUCAACUGUGACACUCCGAUACACUAAGAUAAGAAACGGAACUGCUUAUUUAUCUGCCUACUAUACGCCCUGCGUUAAUGACAUUACAAGAAGCACUAAAUUGGUGCGGGGAAUAAAAUGUCUAAACUGGCCCAAAAACAUCGUGGAUUCUUGGUUAUCUAGAAAAAGACUCGCUGGGUGGCCCAACGAAGAAUUGUCAUCGGAAAUAAUUAAAGAGAAAUGCAUAGUAGUUCCGAAUACCAAACAUGAUACUUUAUCAUGGAGAUUGAAUUUCAUGCUCCCCAUCCGGGCAUUAAUCAAGCGUGGUACAAACGUAGAUCAGCGCCAUUGCUACAAGAUAUUCAAAUUGUUAGUGGACAGUGUCAGCAAAGAAGACUUGAACUUGCCAUCCUAUGCAGUCAAAACUAUUUUCCUUUAUGCUUUAGAGGAAAUCCCAUCUGCACACUGGGAACAAAAUAAAGGUAUUUGUUUAUUGCACAUGUUAGACAUGUUACUGUCCUGCCUUCAUAAGAAGCACAUGUCAGACUAUUUCAUCACAAUUUGGAAUUUGCUGGAAGAUGUAACUGAAGAUGAAUGCAAAGCUCUUUAUUCAAGAUUAUCAGCAACACGACAGUUUCCGAUUAUAGCAGUGGUGCUAGCGUCAGAAGCUCACGGAUUGCCAGCAAGUACUGUUGCCGAACCACUUAUUGAACAUAUCCAAUCCAUUGAAAGAGGGCAUUAUGUAAUGGGGUCUGAAAAAGAUGUAUUCCUGCAAAUAUCCAUAGAAGCUGUGAAAAAUAAGCUUUGGUAUUACUGUUUCAAAGACUCUGUCCAAGAAUUUGUGGAAAUGUACGAAGACGCUCGACUCUCCAACGACUACACGCCGUCGAUGGAGGAGUUCGCAAGCUCGUAUUUCCAGGAUAUACCAAACAGACUAGUCUGGUGGUUUUACUUUUUCUUGGAUCAUUUCUAUCAAAAGAGAUCUCUCGUAGCUAAUAUGGGGGCGUUUGGUGGCAGGACCAUUGGUUCUCUGUUGGGACCCAAUAGGAAGACAGGGGUUUUCGAUGAGGUUUUCGUGCCUCAUCAACUGUUGACAGAAUAUAAAGGGCGUAGUUCAUAUGAACCGGACGUGACUUUCUUAUUGGAACUCACUCAAAAUCUCAGUUUUUCUGAAGAAUACAACCACAGUGCCCACUAUCAAAUGGAACUUGUGCGCUUCCUAAAAGAAAAACUGAAAUCAUGUACUGAAGCGGAAGGCUUUCCAAACACAAUACAAGGCAGCCAUCAAGCAAAUUACCAAGGUCAAAUUAUGUCACUGCAGUAUUAUAUGCUAUUGAUGACUGUAUUACAGCAACUUUUCAGGUCUCUCAAGAAUUUGAAGUCUGUUGAACUUUUUUCCGAGUACAUUGAGGAUGCUGAGAACGCAUGCGCAAUCAUUGGGAAGCCAGACAAUUAUUAUUACCUUGCUCAGUUCUACAAGGAGCUGGGAUGCACAGAAAAAUAUCGCGAAGCCAUCAGUGUUUACAAUAACAGUUACACAGAUUGAUAUAGAGACGUUUUCAAUGAAAAACCAAAUGGAACGCUUCAUUCUUUCAUCUAGUAACUACGAAAUAUUUUGUUUAAAAUUUAAUACCACUUAAGAUGGUAUGGGGCACCUGUCGAUAAAAGGACAUUAAAGACUUUUACCGGCUUAGAAUUAUUAAAUUUUUCAAUAUUUGACCAAAAAUAUGUUUUGAAAAUGUUUGGAAAGUUAAAAAAUAUAAAAGCCCUAGCGGAAUCGAUUCGAACUCAUGGCUUACAGAUUCGUAGUUCUAUUUCCCUCCGCUGUCAGACAACAAUUUGUGGAAAGAAGUUAUAAAAUAGUACUUGAUUUUAUUGUUUAUUUUGAUAGAAAUUCGUCACAAUAUGGAGGUGUCCCAUUCAACUUUAAAGCUCAUUUAAGGCAAAAUCAACACGCUUUUUUCUUCUGCCUUGUGCACUGUUAGCUAUAUGUAAGAACACGCUUAUGGUAAUUUAUCUUAUAUAAACUAUUAUGAUUCUUUGUCAUUUUUAAACGAUAUGUGUUUCUCAUGUGUUUUAUACAAUAUUGUACAUGGUUUUAGUGAAUAAAUCAAGUCGAAAUUAUGCUCAGUUCCGAA